AUGCUGCUAUUAAAAGGUGGAAUUGUUUUUCCAAUUAAUGCGAGUUCACUGAUUGCUCUAGUUAUUGUUGGCUCAGUUUAUGCAGAUGUUUCUCAUUUGACUGGCUCAGGAUAUCAUUAUGAUCAGCCUACUCAUGAACAUCAUCAUGUAGAACCAGAAGCUAUAGCACCUCCAGCUCCUGCACCAUCAUAUUUACCACCAGCUGCUCCUGCACCCGCUCCCGCACCGGCACCAGCCCCAGCUCCAGCUCCAGUACAUACCCAUGAAGAUGUAAUUCCAGCUGCAGUUGCACCAGCAGCUCCAGCUCCUUCAUAUUUACCACCAGCAGCUCCUGCCCCAGCACCAGCACCAGCUCCAGCUCCUGCUCCAAUACAUUCCCACGAAGAAGUAAUCCCAGCUGCAGUUGCACCAGCAGCACCAGCACCCUCAUAUUUACCACCUGCUGCUCCUGCACCUGCUCCAGCUCCAGCUCCAAUACAUACCCAUGAAGACGUAAUUCCAGCUGCAAUUGCACCAGCAGCACCAGCUCCUUCAUAUUUACCACCAGCUGCUCCUGCACCAGCUCCAGCCCCAGCUCCAGCUCCCGCUCCUGCUCCAAUUCAUUCACAUGAAGAAGUAAUUCCUUCAGCAGCUGCUCCUGCAGCAGCACCUGCCAACUCAUAUUUACCACCUGCUGGUCAAUCCGAAGCACUUGCACCAGCUCCACUUCCAGCAGCCCCAAUACCACCAUCACCAGAAGAUUUAGCUCCAGUUUCACAUUCUUCUGAUGCUAUAGCUUCAGCACCUCUUGAAGAAUCUGAACCAGAACCAGCUCAUAUUUUGGGUGAUGAUGGAUAUCAAUAUAGAACUAUCAAGAGAUACAGAUAUAGAUACAAAUAUUAG